AUGGGGAAACCGAAGAAGAAGAAAGAUUUCUUUGUCAAUCCACUGAAGAACAAAAAUAUAGGAUGGCGAACAGGAAAAGACCUUCUUGCAGGAAAAAUUAUCAGAGUUAAUGAGCAAGGAGUUGAAAAUCUGGAGGAUUACUAUUCAGAAUCAGAUGCAGAUUUCACACAAGAUUUGACAGUUAAUAAUUCUCGGAUGACCAGAAGUUCUAAGGAGUUUAAGUAUAAGUCUAUCGAUGAGAACAAAGAUCCAGAAAAUGAAGCUCAGUCUCAGAGUACAAAGUUUGAGUCAAGCCAGUCAGGGCAACUUGGAUCAAGUCAGUCCUCCAAUAUGUUUGCAUGGCUCAAGAACAAAAACAUUGGAAGGAGGACAGGGAAGGAUGUUCUAGCAGGGAAGGUGAUCACUAAAAACAGUCAUGGCUUUGAUAACAUUGAAGAUUACUUCUCAGAAUCCUCAGAUGCGGAGAGUAUGUUUAUGUCUAAGAGUCGUAUAAGUGUAGGAUUAGAUAGCACUGAUGUUGCCAUGGAGAACUCAGCCCAUCCUGAUAGCUGUAGAACAAAACCUGGGGACAGGCGCUUCACUAAAGGCAAGGAAAACUCUUCACUAAGAAAAUAUUUGUUGAAAACAUAUAUGAUACAAACAAAAGAAGAAGAUGUCAUUUGUGGAAAGUGUCGUAUGUCAUGUCAUCGCUCAAUACUACAGCGUCGUACACACAUCGCUCAACACCACUCUUCAGUUGAAGCCCCUUGUAAUAAAUCAACAAAGAACAUCCUUUCAUCGCCGCGGAAUAUUACACUUUCAAUCCCAUCCACUGGAAGUAGCCACAAAAAAUGUUUUGUAUGCAAUACUUACCCAAAGAAACUGGUGGUAAUAUCUCGUGACGCGAAAUACGACCUCUUCCUGCGAAAAGGGGUUUUAGUUCCGUUCGGAGCAAGAUGUUGUAGUCAUCAUAUCGAGGAUGGUCUAUUGCAAAAUGAUGCUUGUGAAAACAUUGCUAUAAAAAGUGACCUAUCUUCUCUUAAUCGUACUGAAAUAGUGGCAUUGAUUUCUAAGAUUAGAGAUGUAGCAAAUACACAGCAAAGCAAACGCAUUGACUUUGACUCACCGCAUGCCCUUUCGAAUGAAGAUUUCAUUACACUAACUGGACUAUGUACACAGCAUUUUAACGAUUUGUGUACUCACUGUGCUGGUUCUGUGCGAUCUUCAAAGAAUAGGAGCAUUAAAUCUUGUGUCGGCAUCUUUCUUACUAAACUAAAAAGUGGCAUGUCAAAUAAAGUCCUAUCAACAGUUUUUAACAUUGGAAAAGAUUCUAUUCGACGUGCAGUAACAUCGGCAAGAGUUGCACUAGCGAAAGACUUUGUUCCAUCAAAUUUGGGAUUUCAGCAUGUUAGUCGACAAGAUGUUAUACUGAAACACACAAGACCACUCGCCCAAACAUUGUUUGGAGGACUUAUGGAACCAGCCAUUCUUGUAAUUGAUGGCACCUACAUUUAUAUACAAAAGAGUGGCCAAUUUAUGUUCCAAAGGAGGAGUUACAGCAUGCAUAAGCACCGGCCGUUGGUAAAACCUAUGAUGUUUGUCACCACAACAGGUUACAUAGUGUCCGUGUUAGGUCCCUAUUUUGCCGAUUCCAAAAACAAUGAUGCCAGCAUCCUGAAUCAGAUUUUAAAUUCCAACAUUCAAGAAAUCAAGGAGUGGAUUCAGGAAAAUGAUGUGUUUGUGGUUGACAGAGGCUUUAGAGAUUCCAUGGACCUCCUACAACAGCUAGGAAUACAAACAGAGAUGCCUUCUUUUUCCAAGCAAAGGAAACAGCACACUACCGGAGAAAGCAACGCUUCCAGGCUUGUUACUAAAAUAAGAUGGGUCGUUGAGGCUGUGAAUGGACGGUUAAAAACCUGGAAAUAUUUGGAUCGUGUGUUGCCAAACUCACAGAUUCCAUACAUAGGCGAUAUUGUCAGGAUUGUGUGUGCAAUCUUCAACAAGUUCGGUACACCAAUAAGCACGGGGGAUGCAGAGCAAGAUCAACUGCUAGGAUCGAAAAUGUUGCAUUUGUCACGGAAGCAGAAUUCUCUUUGGGAGAGAAUUGAACGAGAAGGCCUUUUCAAUCGACCUAGUAAGUGGCAGAAGAUGGAGACCACAACUGAUAUCAUAUUUCCUGUUCUGACAGAAGAAGACCUGCGGAAUUUGACACUGGGAGUGUAUCAGCUCAAACUGGCACGGUCCUACACACAGGAACAUAUGAGCGAAACGGGAGGAUAUGAAGUAUCUAUCUGUAAAGUAGAUGCUAAUCUGAUCAAUGCCAAGAUACAGAGCCGACAUUUUUCCUCAAAACUUUACCAAUUGUGGGUAUCAUUUGAUGAUUGUAAUGUGCAAGGAUGGUACUGUACAUGCCGUGCUGGGGCGAGGGUGGUUGGGACUUGCUCCCAUGUUGCAUCCAUCUUAUGGUAUAUGGGAUUUGCACGUCAUUUAGACAAGUCCUUUGACUUUAGUAAGGACUGGACACAAUAUUUACAAGAUGCCAGUUAUACACCAGACCCAAUCAGUAUUGAUGAGAGUGAUGAUGAAGAGUCUUCUGAUGGAGAAGGCGACACACCUACAAACAAGAUGCUUGAUAGCUGUGUCAACACAGAAUCCUUGUGUAGACCAGACAGUCAAACAUUAUUUGACCAGGAGGUCAAAGGUCCAAGCAAUGAUAGUCUGGAAAACCAGGAAAUGUCUUCUGAUGAAGAAAUUCAGUUUAAAACAAAAAGUACAGAAAAAUCCAGGAAUAAUACAAUGCUGUCAGAACAGAUAGAAAAGCCUGCUGUUGCAGAUAUAAUAUCCAAAGACAUACCUGUUUCUGACAAACUAACAACAGUUACUGCUAUCACUGAAAAGUUGACAGAGACAACCACAGUCAUGAGCAAAACAUCUGAAGUCACAGCUUUAACAGAAAAGUCAACAAAGAGUUAUGUCAGUAGUACUAUUAACAUAGGGGGAAAUGUGACGGGCUCUCUAACCAAGACUAAUGAACCAAGUCUGGAUUCAACAGGGCCAAUUCCAAGCUUCAAAACACGUAAAAAGUUAUCGUUCUCGGCAUUAGAGAAGAGCUUUCUGAAGAAAGAGGUACAGAAAAAUAAAAGGAGGGGUAGUAAGGUAUCCCCUGUGGUCAAUAGUAAUCCCUUUAACAAGUCAGGGACCAAGUCAACAAGGAGUUCUGUAGUGGGGGAAGAGAGCAGUGUUCAAGAUUCUCUUAAUUCAACGUAUGAUGUAGCUGUUGAAGAAGAGUUCGGAAAAGUAAAUGACAAUUCUUUAUCAAAAUGUGGGAAAACUAAACAGCAAUCUAAGGGAGGUGUGAAAGUAGCAGAGAAAUCUCAUUCACAGCAGAGAAAGUCAAAUAAGAAGCGUACAUCGAAAGCUAGGGAAGAGGAAAACACUGUUGGUGAGAGUGAAGUUACAGAGAAAGUGGAAACGGCAAAAUCAGGAGUGAAACGGAAGUCACAAAUUGGACCAACUGUAUCGCUCAAAGAAAUGGAGGAAAGCAUUGAGAAAAAUUCUCAAUAUGCAGAUGGAACAUCCAUACGGAAAAGUCUUAGGCGUAAAUCUGUUGGUGAUGGCUUAAAGCGAAAAUCUGUUGGUGAUGGCUUAAAGACAAAGAAGGAACAAAUUGUAAAAUCAGUUGAGAAGCGGAAAUCACAAAUUUCAUCAACAGUUGCUACAAAAGUUAAUGAGAGCUGUGAAGAAUCAUCUCAGAAACCAAGAAGGACAUCAAAACUAAAAACCUUAAAACGAAAAAGUUCAUUCCCAAGUAAAACUUCAAAUCAAAGUGUUGUGAUAGACAAGGAGAAUGAAGGAUCUGAAGACUUGGGUGAUAAACAAACAAAGUCCAAAAAGGGAAAAUCAGCAUCUUCCAGAAAGAGAGUUGUGUCACAGAUAAAUGAACCUGAAAAAGUGGAAUAUUUAUACGAUUCUGACAAUAGCAGUUUGAUUAUCAAUGAAUAUGAAAAAGAAAUUGAAAAGAAAAUGAAAUCUAGAACAAAAUCAAGCAAGUCUAUCAUGAUGUUAGGGAAACAUACAAAAUCUCCAGGAGGUGAUCAGAAUUUGCCUUCAGAUGGAAAUAUUAUAAAAAAACGAAGGACAUUUGUGUUAGGUGAUGAUGAUAUGGAAACAAAUGAAACAUUAGAAAGGAGCCAAAUGGAUAAUGCUAAAAGUGAUAAUGAUCCAAAUGUGACAAAUCUACCUGUGGUUACCAACUCGGGGAAUAAAAUUGCCAAGAAGAGAGGACGAUCCUGUAAGUCUCUUCCAGGGAAAACGUCUUGCAGUGUGGAUAUCAAUAGGGAUGGAAAUACUUCUGACAAUGCUUUAGAGGAUAAUUUGGUUGAAACUGAAGGAAGUGUUAUUAAAAAGCCUCUUAAAAGGAUUGGUAGGAAUAGUAGAAAGUAUAGUCCUCAGGUUAGAUCUACUUCAUCUCCUGUUUUAAAUGUCACGGGUAACAGACGUGUUGGUAAAAAGCAAGACAAGCACAGCAAGAAAUCUAUAUCUGUACCAACUCGUCUAUCAAAGGAUGACCUUAGAAACAAUAGCUUUCUAGAUACAGACAAUGCUGCUGAAGCUGAUGGGGAUGUACCUUUUGAAUAUUUAUCUGACCAAGACAUAUCUGAUGCAAACGCACUUGAGAAACAGGAGGAAAACAGGAGAGAAAAAAAAAGAGGAAAGAGAGCUGUGUCAUCCAAUAAGAAACUAGACCAGAAAACGAAAGGCCAAGGUUUAUUAAAGCAAACGCUGUCAAAGGCAAAGUCUAAGAAAGGAGUCGCAAGGAAAAACAAUGUGUUGAAAUCAGGAAAAUCUGAGUCAAAGAAAGGUUCCAAAGUGAAGAGCAAAAUUCAGGAAAAAAAGGAGGCAGCAAAUGAAACAAAUGAUGUGUCUGAAUCCAAUGUUUCUAAAGCUAAAGGUAGAAGGAAGCAAAAAAUCAGCAUUGGGUGUGUUGACACAGAUUCAUUGAAAUGUUCUCUAAACAUUUCUCAAACUUCUUCCACUUGUUCAAAAAUUGUAGUAGAGGCAUCGGAUGGAAUCAACCAAAAUAGCAACUCACCGAUGGCAGAUGAUUUUGAAGAACAGGAAGUGAACCGUUUGGACACUGAAGAAAAUGUUUCAACUGUACAGUCAUCACAAAAAAACAAAUUGUCAUCAAGGAAAAGAAGUAUGUCCAAUAAAAAAUCAAACAAACGAAAAAGUGGAAAAGAUAGAAAAAGUGAGGUGGAAGAUUCUGAUGUCAAAGAUAUAGAUUCAGUGCCUCCUGAUAAUGAUAUACCCAUGCUCUCUCUUUCUAAAAAGUCAGGUCUCGGCCUUCUAGCCAGCACCGUGCAGUCCCCUCAAGGUUCUUAUACACCAUUUUCUGCCACACCUGGAUCGGAAUUCACCUUAACUAGAAGGGAAGAAAUGUUUCGCAGUGGUGUAUCAUUUCGUCAGUUGAAAGUUGAACGAUCAGCAAAGAAAUCUACAUCAAAGAAAAGUAGCAGGAUAUCAUUAGAUGAUAAAGAUGAUGACAUAGAUGAUGACAAAGAUGAUGAAAGUGAUAUUGUUGAUGAUCAGGAUGUGCAUGAUGAGGGUGAUUAUGAAGAUGAGAAGGAAGAUGACAUUGCCCAAGAAUUGACUGACAAUGAAUCUAGGGAAGUACAAGAGGUUUCUGUUGGUUAUCAAAAUACCUCAACCAGGCAACAAUCAUCAGGCACAGGGUUUAGACCGACUCCAAUAUCAGGUGCCUCACCGAAAUCUUCUCUUUCUCCAGAAAACCUGACCCCAUGCUUGGUUACCCCUGGUAGAAAGAGUGCAAGUAAAGGCCGCCGAGUCACCAUCAACCACCAAGUGACAGAGGCUGUGUAUGAUGUCCCAUCUGACUUGUCAUCAUCUGACACACCUGUCUCCUCCAAGAAUAGGCGACGCUCCAGUAUCCCUGGUGGUGACCAAACAACAUACAUCUCGAUGUCGUCUACACCUAUACAUGCCUGUGAGAGGACAACAACAGAAACACCACAGCCUUUCCAGAAACCAGAGAAAUCCAAGAUCAUAUUACCAGACCCAUCGCCUCCUAACGGCCUAAGGCGGUCACAGAGGACACGAGUGCAGACUCUGGAAUGGUACAAGAAUGAACGAGUUGAUUAUAAAUACAGAAAGUCAGGAGGAUUUGUUAUUGGGGGAAUCAUUCCCUCACAAGAAGCUAAAAUCUUGGAACUUGAACAGAAAAAGAGAAAAAAUUUACGAAAAGGCCACAAGAAACAAAACAAGAAGAGAAAGAAUGUUGGGUCACCACCUCGGAACUUGUCUAUGCAUGUUGAUAUUCCAUCAGACUUGAACCUAACAGUAUCGGAUGAGAUUCCUGUGAUAAAUCCGGAGACAGAGGAAGAAGUCCUUGUGGAGUGUUUUGCCAGUAAAGAUAGUGGAGUAUUUGUUGGUCCAUCUGGGAAGCAGCCCACACCAGAAGACCCAUUUGUGAUGUCUCGUGUCCUGGACCAGAGAGGGUUUGGUACUGGAGUGUUAUUGUUACGCCCCCUACAAGAAAAGACAAUUCAGAUGGUCAGCAGAGGCACUCUGAUUUUCCUGUUGGAUCGGGGUGUGAUAACAAUGACAGUACACAAAACUUCUGUUGUCAUGGAGGCAGGUGAUUCAGCCUUUGUCCCCAGAGGAAACGCAUACAGUAUGAAAAAUCUUCGCUCAGAAGAGGCAAAACUUUCCUACACAGUUUUAAAGGAAUCCUUUGAUGAAAGUGAUGCAUGAAAAGGUGAAAUUUUUAACAUACCAUGUCCUUAAAGGAUAUCAGGUGGACACUAUCCUAACAGGAUAUCAGCCGGAGACUGUCCUAACAGGAUAUCAG